AUUGGGGCGAAAUUUCCCUCGCACCAAAAAGUAUCUCGAGGAACAAGAAAAACAACUUCCAAGGAGGUUCUCUUUGAUGGAUAGUGGUGUUUCUACUAGUAGGAAGCACCCUUGAAGUUGACUGCCUCGUAUCAUGGCCUCCACCGACCAUGGUGAUGGAAAUCAGUCUCCGCUUAGGGGCGCCCAAAUGCAGGAGGCCCGAAACAGGAUGGCCGACGUUGGUGAGACGUUCAACUUCCUUAAGCUGCCCUCCGACUUCCAGAAAGCGGCCUGGUGCGCGCGCGUCGACCUCCUCAAAGAAUUCCUGUCCAACCCCUUAAGGGAGGAGUUUUUGAAGCAGAGGGAGCCGCUCCUGAACUUCCCGGUUCUGCAUUUGGUGGUGUUUGGGGCGCAGCGGCACGUGGAGCGUUCUGGACCGCCUGGAGACUAUCCUCAGGCCUGCCAGCUCCUCCUAGAGGCUGGCGCCAACGUGCACGCUCGCGAUUGCAACGGUUACACCGCUCUACACCACGCAACCUCCCACCACGCCCAACUGGACCUCGCUCGCCUCCUCCUGAAACACGGCGCCGACCCCAAUGCUCGCAACCGCUUCGGCAACAACGCUCUGAUGGAGCCGGUGAUGCUCAACAACUUUGAGGCAUGCAAGCUGCUGUAUGAUGCGGGGGCCGAUCCAGAUCUGGAGGACUUUGACGGGUUUACUCCCAGGAAGACUGGGAUGUCAUACCCCGCGCUUCAAGCACUUUUUGCUCGGCGGCGAGAGGGGAGAAGUGGGGGGGAAGCACGGGGAGACGCUCCUGGAACGAACGGAAGGGAAGGGGCUGGAAGAAAGCCACGGAGACCGGAGGAUGAACUGGGGAUGAUAUAUUGCAGUUUGUGCGAAAGGAAGAUGACUCCGGUGGAAGCGAAGCGGUGCUCGGGGUGUCAUGUUCGGCCGUACUGCAGCAAGGAGUGUCAGCGGAACGACUGGAAGGAGCACAAGCUGACGUGCAGAAAGGACUCCAAGCCGCAUGAAGUCGUGGUCACGCCCGUAGUGCCGCCCGGUGUCAUGUCGAGCGUCCCCCUCAGCCAGUUCCUUGAAGAUAUGUCACGGGGGAGCGUCGCUGAAAUAAGUGCGAAAGUCAUGAAAGCGGACAAGUUUCACACUAGCACGGAGGAAACGAACGCUGCGUACGCACAGAAGGGCCGUUACUUUGUCCUGAAGGUUCAAGUUGGUAUGAACAUGCAAACGUUGAAGCCAAUUUCGAGUCAACCGAUGAUGGCGUACAACAACAGUCGAAAAUUUCAGUGUCGGAUAGAGCCGAAGGACCCGGGGCAUAAGAUCAUCUAUGACCGCAUUGCUGCCGACGGAGUCAUGGGCUUAAAGGCUUACUUUAACGCCUAUGUGAACAAGCAGAAGAAGCUGGUUAUAGUCACGAGUCCGGUGCUGCCGGCUCAGCCAUGGUGAGGUUGCAAUUGGACCCAAACAGUGUGUACUAUUUCGACGUUGCUGACAAUCAAUGCCUUAUUGAGGAUGAGAAUGAUCAAAGUCAGGUACGGUAGAUAGAUGAAGAAGGUUUAACAAUGCUACUAUACGGCCAGAUCUUUCAAUGAAGCGUGGGCCGAACCCGGCCAGCUCAUAUGACAUGGUCGUGGCAUCUUGACCACCAUCGGCCGCGCGGUUAUCCAAAAAGUCUAUGAAAUGGCCGC